AUGCGUGAUGUAUGCAGCUCACCCAAAGGUGAACAUUCAGAUUUUGAAGAGGAGGUAAAUGCAAAAGAUCGGCAAGGCCCUGCAUCCUUUUCACAGAUAUGGUGGCUAGGAGAUGGGUGUGUCACUUGGUAUACUCGAAUACACGAGCAUCUCGUCAUUUUCACCAACUCUGCCUUCAUGACGUUAGGCACAGAGAUUCAACUAACGUGA